AUGACAUUUUGCAAUAAUGGCUAUUGUUUAUAUAAUGGUUAUUGCUUAACAUAUUCUAACAAUUAACAAUAGAUUUACCAAGAUAAAUAAAUUUAUGGUGUAGAUUUUAAUAAUGUUUGCAUAAAUAGCAACACUAAUACUCGUGCUUAGUACUGCUCAAAUAAUAUAGAUAGUAUAUGUUCUUCUAUUGAAGGUUAUUGUUUUAAAAUAAACUCUAGCUACCCAAUAGGAAAGUUGAGUAACACUAAUUAAUGCAUCUAGGCUAAUUAAAUUUACAAUUAACCAAUUUAUAACUGUUACAGAUAAACUGAUACUUUAGUUUGUUUAUAUCAAAAUAACAAUUAAUAUGGUUGCUUUUUGUUUGGAUCACCUUAUUCUAAUUCAUAAAAUAUAGUUGGAAUAGGUUAGAACGAAUCAAACUAUUAUUAUACUUGUUAUUAAUAAUAAUAAGGAACACCAUUUUAAUGUAUUUCUGGUUACUGCAUAGAUGACAAAACUAAUAAUUGCUAUUAAUUUGAUAAGACUUAGAAUAGGAUAGGAACUUAAUAAGGAACUUAUCUCUGCUUACCUUAUAACCCUGGUGUAAAUUAAAAUCCUAUAGAAUGCAUUUCUAAUUAUUGCUUACUGAAAAAAGCAAGUAUCUCUUAUUGCUAAAGUUUAGGCUAAGAUUAUGUUUAUUGUAAAUCAGCUUCCUAAGUAUGUCUUGCAGAUGGAUAAUUUUCUAGUUCACCUAUCAUUUAAUCAAGUUUAGAAUAUUGCUCAUAUUAAUUUACUAUUUUUUCUAAUUAUUACUGCUAGCUAACAGAUAAAAAUAAUAGUUCGCGUCAGGCAAAAGCGCAAGAUGGCUCAUGUUAAUCUUUUAGCUCAUCUAAUUCAAUAUAUUGUGCAUUUGGAAAUUAUUGCCUUUAUUAAAGUAAGUGUAUAGAUCUUGAUUAUGCUUACUAAACUUACAAUUUACCUGCUAGGCUUAAAGAUUCUACAUGUAGUAGCGAAGGAGUCACAGUCAGCACAUACUGUGCUUCUAAAUAUUGUAUUUAUGCUUAACGUUGUGUCUAAUUAAAUCCAUAUUAAUUGAUUGGAAAAGAAAUAAAUACAACUAAUUGCUUAUUAGAAGGGUAAACAAGUUAAUAUGGAGCAGCAUUCUGUUAUGAAGGAUAUUGUAAAAGAGUAAAUCCCUUCACAAGUAUUAUUGAAUGCAUUAAAAUUUAAGAUGAAGCAACCUGGGCCAUUGAUACAAAUGGAAUGUGUUUAUCGAAGGUUUAGGCUUAAUCAGCUACAAACAUAUAAUAUUGCAUUCCUAAUAGAUAUUGCUUAGAUCCAAGUGGAUAUUGUAGACUAACAUAGCCUAAUGAAUGCAUUGAUUAAAAUUACAGAUGUGCAAAUUAAUUAAGCACAACUUAAUGCAGACAAUGUAAUUUAUCUUAAUGCCUUAUUCCAUAAACACACACAUGUAUUUAAGUUACACCUGAAUAUUGUAUCGGCUAUGAUAAUUAGUGCCAACUUAUUGAUCCAAUUAAGCCUGUGAUGUGUAAAGCUUGUGCAAGAAAUGCAUGCUAUUUCUCUGCCUCAAAAACUUGUUCAUCAUUUUAGAGCAUUUAUCUUUAAAAAACUUAUUGUAUUAAAUGGAAUGACUAUGAUUAAAACUGUACUUUUUAAAAUAUGGAUAAUCAAAAUGAUAUGUGUGGAGCUUAGGAUGGCUAAUGCAUUAGCAUGAGUACUAAUAAAUGUCUAAAGUGCAAUAGCUACACAGUAUAAAUUGGAGAUUUAAAGUGCUACACUGCUGAUUAAAUUACUAUAAUUAAAUAAUAAAGCUAAUAAAACAGCGGAAAUACUCCUGUUGUUCGUUUAUUUUAAUAAAUUAUUAAUUAUGUUAAAGAAGAUGUGUAUUUUGAUCAAAAUAACUAAACUCAAAUAUGCUCAAAUGGAUGUGCUGCAUGCAAUUCUGGAAAUAACUGCACUAGGUGUUCAUAAGAUUAUUUUUUAUUUAAAAAUAUCUAAUCGUAAUAACAGAUAUGUUUAAGCUGCAACGUACCUUCAUUUUAAUAUAAUGAUUACCCUGAAUAUAGUUAUAUUUAACUCAUGCAAAAUUCUGCAAUUGGAUAAUUCUACUAAUUAAGUAAUUAUUACUCAAACAUCAUAGGCAAGUGCUCAUAGUGUAACACAAAUUUAAACUAAUGGUAUAUGCCCUAGCUCAAUAACUUACUUUAGUGUAGUAGUUAUGAUAUGUAGUAUGGAUAGCUUUAAAGAUUUACCACUUUACCAAAUAUUCCUUCUUAUUUUAAAGUAGUAUAGGCAAACAAUAAUUAAUUUUAGCUCAUAUAGUCUUCACCCCCUGCUAGUAAAUGUAAAAAAUCAAAUUGUCAGACAUGCAGUUUUGAUAAUUCAGGAUUAGAAACGUGUUUAAAUUGUGAAAAAUUUUACACCUUAAACUUAAACAAUUAGUGCAUUUCAUGUCCAAUAAACUGCACAUCUUGUUUUUAUGGAGGAUUUUUAAAUGGAUAAAGUAUGAAUUGGAAUUAAAAUACUGAUUAUUAUGACUGGCUAAAAAAGUAAACUCUCACUCCUUAGUUAUAUAAUCUCUAUUGUUAUGAGUGUAAUCAAGGUUUUACUUUAAGGUAAUCAUGCUAAUAAUAGUAAUCAUAAUGUAUUGAUAUGUAGUAUGGUGAUGAUGCUUCAAGAAUAUCAUUUAGCUUAAAUUAUUAUUUCUUACCUAGAACUUAGGCAAGUACUUUUUUUCAUUGUUUUAAAUGCAUGAACACUCCAAGUUCUCGUUUAGUGGCUAUUAUUAAUUCAGAUAAAACUUCAAGUUGUGAUGCUAGUAAGGCAUAAAUAAUUGGAUGCACUUAUGAAGUAUAAUAUUAAAUUUCAGGAAUCAAAAAGAUUUAUUGUCUACAGUGUGAUAAUAAUAUGGUAUUUCACUACGAAGAUUCUCUUUAGUGUUAUGGUUUUUGUAAUCUUUAAAUUCUAGGGUGUUAAAGUUGUUAUUCUUACUAAGCAUAAGAUUCAAAAAGUCUAAUUUACUAAUGCACUUAGUGUAACUAGGGAAUGCAUCCAACUUUUACAGGAUGCUAAUACUGUCCAACAGGGUGCAGCACAUGUUAUGAAAUCUCAUCAUAAGCAGACACCAAUAAAGAGAUAGAAAAUUUAACAAAUCAAAUUAUCUACUAUAAUAUACAAAAUACCGUUUAAGAUAGAUUAAAUUAUAACAAAAAUAAUUCAUAUAGAACAAUAUGCACAACUUGCUAAUAAGGGUAUAUAUUAGAUACAGAAACAAAUUUGUGUAAAAAAAGUAGCUGUGGAGAUAAUUGUGGUUGGUGCUAGCUUAUCAAUUAGCAACCAAUAUGUAUUUAUUGUAAUACUGCAUUAAUGAAUUAAAUCUUUUAAUUAUAGCAGUAUAUAGUUUCAUUAUACUAAUUGAGCGCCCUUAAGUAAGAUGACAUAGUUAAUUUUAGCAACCAAAAAGACAACUGCUACCUUUGUCCUUUUGCAUGUAAAACAUGUAAUACUACAGAUACUUCCUAGUAAAGUACUAAUUUGUAUAACACAUAAUGCUUUUCAUGUAAAGAUAUUAACAAAAUUAAUACUCCUCUUAAACAGGAUUAUGAAUUUAGAUAUGAUAAUGAGAGAUAGAGAUGCACUUUGUGUAAAAGAAAUGAUCAAAGCUGUUAUUACACUAAAAACACAACUAUCUACGCUUAAUGUAAAAACCUUAAUAGCUAAAUUGGAGAUGGAACAAUAAAUAAUCCAAUCAAUUUAUUAAGAACUUAAGAAGUUAAAUGGGAUUAAGUUAUACUCAAUGAAGACAACUAUUUAAAGUCUGUUGUUUAUUUAAAUGAGCUUUCGAUAAAAGAGUUAUAUGUUAAUAUUAUCCUUUUGGGGGAUUAGUGUGAGGUUGAUGAUGAUAUUUUAAUUAAAACCACACUUAUGCAAUAAUUUUAAAGCUUAAGAGUUUUAAAUAUCACGAUAUUAAAUUCUUAGAGGGUUUAAACUGGCAAUAUUUUUUAACCUUUUUAUAAAUUAAAAAUAUAUAACUAAAUAUUGAUAUCUGGAUUUUCUCAUGUUACAUUUAAGAAUGUGAAUAUUAUUUAGCAUAUUCUAACAUAUAGUUCAAAUACAGUUAAAAUUUAAGGUUGGAAAAAUAUCCAAAGUGUUGAAUUCAUUUAAGUUAACAUUAUUUCAAAUGUAGUUGAACAAAUUUAGCAAAAAUUCUAAAAUAUGUAUUAUGCAUCUUUCUAAAUUUAACUAGUUGAUUUAUAGUAAAGUCUAAAACUUAGUGAAUUUUAAAUGCUAGCUUUCUAAUUAUAAAAAAGCACUUUUUUCAAACUAACCAAUUAAUAGAGCAAUCCAAAAAAUAUAACUUUAGAUUUCAACUAAGUUCAAAUUCAGCAAAAUAAAUUGAUUAACUCAGUAUUUCUAGAAGUUUAAUCUGAAAUUGUCAAUUUUAUAAAUAAAAAUUUUCUAUUGAUAAACAAUUAAUUAACGAAUUCCUCUCAACUAUUUAAUUUCAAUGCUUAAUCAAGUUUAAGCUAUGUUAAUUCUUAGCAAAGCUAAAUAAAUAUUGUAAACAAUACUGUUUAAAACCUAUCUUGCUUCUUUUUAAAUCCCAAUUAUAUCUAAAAUAAUAUCUAUGAUAUAGUUAUUGAAAAUAAUAUGUUUGCUAAUAUUUUACAAUCUCAUGGAGUUUACAAUUUCAACUUAAUUUAGAUUGUGAAAAUGUCAAUCAAAAAUAACAUAUUUAAAAACUAAAUUCUAUUUUAAAGUUUAUAACAAUCUUCUUAGUUGACUUAGUAGUAGUAUUCAUAGUAAGUGUCUACUUUUUUAUUUAGUAAUUUAAAUAUUUUACUCAAUUAAGUUCAAAACCAAGAAAUUAUGAUAGUAAAAAUUGUUGGAAGUUAAGGCUUGUCUUAACAGAUAAAUAUUAGAGAUGUUUUGAUUAAUUAGUAAGUUAGUAAUGUUUAACAAAUGAGUUGUUUUAUCUUUUCUAUAAGUAAUUUAAAUACAGCGAUUAUUUAAGAUUUAUAAUAUCUUAAUUCUAACUACCCUAGCAUUAUUUCUACAAAUGGAAUUAAUCAUUUAGUUAUAAAAAAUAUUGUAUUAUUUUAUGAUACAUCUUUCAUUAAUUCAAUAAAUUAAUAUUUGCUAUACUUAAGUAACACUGCUUAAAAUUUGCUAGUAAAGAAUGUCAAAGCAAAUAAUUUGAAAUCAACUAAUAGCAUAAUCAUGAUUGAUAACUAAUUAUUAGAUACUUAACUACCCUUUAAUUCAUAAAGCUAAGUGAGGAUAUAGGAUUUAAUUUUUGAUAAUAAUUCUUUAAAUGUUGUUAAUGUAAUUUCUACUAUAGCUGCUGUUAGGAUUUUUUCUAUUUAACAACAAGUUAUUUUUAUUGAUAACAUCCUUUUCUAAAAAAAUUCUAUUUAUCUUUCAAAAGAUACUAUUUACUUAGGAACAGAAUCUGGUUCAGGACUGAGUAUAAAUGCUUCAAGAAGCACAAUAUAUAUCACGAAAUCACUAUUCUAAGAUUAAUUUAGCUAAAUAUCAAGAAAUACUCUAGUUGUUGAGGCUCUAAAUUUGAAUAUAGUUUCAACAAAAUUUUAAAAUACAGCUAACAUUGAUAGUUAUCAAUUAAGUAAUACUCAGGGAUGUUUUCUUUUUGCUUCAGUGUGUAAUUUAUAAAUUUCAAAAUCUAUUUUUACCAGAGGAUUUGCUUAAAGCGGAGGAGCUAUUUAUUUGUAGCCAAUAAAAUAAGCUCUCCAUUAUUUAAAUGAUGUUGAGAUUGAUGGAAAUAUUUCUUCAUUCAAUUAAGUAUAGAGCCAAGGCGGAGGAGUAUUUUUAGAUACUUCGAAGUGUGAAUCUAUUGAUUUGUAUAUCAAAGAUUCUAUAAUAUAAAAUAAUUACUCUCUUUAAUCAGGUGGAGCAUUGUAUGUUAUUAACUCUCUCACUAAAAUUUUUAUUUCUAUUUCUUCAUGCAUUUUUAUGAAUAACUUUUCAGGAGCGGAUGGAUCUUCAUUAAGUGCAAUAUUUCCAAAUCAAUCAAAGGGAAAUCUUUUGAUUGAAAAUUCAAGCUUUCUAUAUAAUUAAUAAGAAUUAGAUCAAAAUUUAUUCAGACAAGCUAUAAAAUACUUUAAUUCUAAUAGCUUCUUGUAAUCCAGCAUUUUAAAUUUAGGAAAUUUUGUGAAUGUGGUGAUUUAGAAUAACAUUUUUAGAAAUAUUCAAUCAUAUUAAUUAAGCAAGAGGAGCUUGAAAGCUAAUAACUAAAAUAUUGUUUGUAUGGGAACAAUCGUAAUAAAUUAAUGUCUAAGCUUAUUAGAUAAAUAAAAUUCUUACCAAAAUAUUUAAUAGUGCUAGUCAGCUAUUAGUAUAAACUGUUAGAUCAUUUCUAUAGAUAGCUCAAAUUAUCGCUAGAUCCAAGACUUUUAAAUCUCAACUACUUAAAAUAUGCCAAAUAGUUAAGAUAUGAAUUAUCUUAUUUUGUAUUCAGCUCAGUUCUUAAUUGAUAUCAGAUUUGCAAAUUUUGAAAAUAUAAUUUGUUAGUAUUGUCAAAGAAGCUCAUUGAUCUUAUCUUCAAAAACUGUCAAAAUAACUUCUUCUACUUUCACAAAUAAUACUUCGAAUAAUGGUGGAGCUUUAUUAUUUAAUGACUAUUAAAACAAUUAGUAAUUUAUGACCAUAAAAAGUUAAAAUUUAUAAACAUCUAAUUAAUUAUAUAUUUAAAAUUCUACCUUUAAAAAUAACUUUUGUUAAAAUGAUGGAGGCUCCAUUUAUUUAAAUGCCACUAAUAACUUAGUUGCAUCAAUUGCUAAUAGUAUAUUUAGUAAUAAUACAUCAAAAAAUAAUGGGGGAGCUAUUUAUAGUAAUCAACUUCUUCCUUAAACAUAGUCAACUAUUUCUAUUAUUUCAUCUUUAAUACUAAACAAUUAAGCAAAUAAAGGAGCUGUAUACUACUCCUUGAGCAACCCAAUAAAUUUGUAAGAUCCAUCGAAUUAUAUAUAAAAUAAUAAAGCAUUAGAGUUUGGAGCUGAAGAUGUUUUUAUACCAUCAAGUUUUUUAUUGAUAUAUGAUAAAGGAUAAUUUAAUAAUUUAUACGCAAUAAACCUAACAUCGCAAACACUUGAUGUAAAUUUUUAUGGAGUGUUUUUGACUAAUCAUAGAGAAUAAUUCAAAGAAAUAAAAGAUGAUAUUUAUUUAAAUUUAGUUUACGAUAGUAGUGUCUUGAGUAUUACUCCUUAAAAUAUUCCUUUUUAAAAUGGAGUGUUCAAUUUAACCAAAGAACUGACUAUUUAUGGAAAAUUAGGGAUGAAAAUUUAAGUUUAGCUGAAAUUAAUCUAUUCAAAUUAAAAAUAUUCAAAUGUUUUCAAUUAAAUAAAUAAUUAUCUUGAAAAUCAAAAAAUAACAUUUUAACUGCAAUAAUACUGCUAUCCUGGCUAAUAGAUAGUGUAAGUAAAAGGUAAAUAUGACACUUGCACUUAGUGUUAAUAUCAAUUUUAUAGCUUAGAAUAAAAUAGCAAAUAUUGCUCCAAGUGCAAUAUUGAUGCAGCUGUUUGCUAUUAAGACUAAAUUUUACUAAAAAAUGGUUAUUGGAGAGAAAAUAACAAAUCUGAUAUAAUUCUUUCAUGCUCUGAUAAUAAUUAAAAUUGCAUAGGUGAUCUUAACCCAUAUGAUGAGUCAAGAUAGUCAUAAAAAAAAUUUAAUUCUACUUAAAAUUAUUAUUGCAAAGUUGGUCACAUAGGAGCUUUGUGCUAAGAUUGCGAUUUGAUGGCACAAUAUUGGAAAGAUUCAUUUAUGUAAUACGGUAAUAAACAAUGCAUCAAUUGUAAGAAUACAUAGAAUAUCCUCAUAAUAUUUUUGGUGAUACUAGCUUUUUUUGUAGUUUUUGCCUUGAUUCAGAUAUACUAAAUAAUAAAAUCCACAUAUAAUCAGAUCCUUAUUAAAUAUUGCAAACUAAUUGGAUUGGACACAAAGCAAGUUAUUACUAAAACUGAUGACACUGCAAUUUAUAUAAAGAUUUUAGUAAAUUAUUUAUAAAUUCUGUCAAUCAUUAUUGAUGCGGAUAUAGGUAUACCUUUUUAAGUAGCUAGGAUUAUCAAAUCAAUAGCUAAUCCCUUACAAAGUGCUUUAGAAACAUAAGACUGUUUAUUAAAAGAAAUUUACCAAAAUCUACAAUUUUAAUUUAACUUUAUUUAUUUUAGAGUAGUCGCUUCUUAAGUAUUUUUAUUGCUUGUAAUACUUUGUAUUUUGUUAUUAAUAACGACAUGGAGCUUGCUUUUACGUAAAACACACUAUCUUAAAUCAUACUUCAAAGUUGCUAUAUUAUACUUCUUAAUCGCUAAUUAACCUGGAGUACUAAAUAUCAUUUUAGGAACAGCAUCUUGCAACUAAAUUGGAAGCAAAUAUUAUAUAAAAUAAUACUCUUCUAUUGAAUGCAAUUAAAAUCACAUGGUUUAUUCCCUAACUCUUUUGUUCCCAAUUUUACUAGUUUGGACUUUAAUAUUUUAAGCCCUGCUAUUUUUCUUGUUAAGAACAAAAAGAUUUGACUUAGAUAAAAUAAAAGUUAGAAUUGGCUUUGGAUAUCUCUAUCAGGAAUAUACUCUAAAGACAUAUUAAUGGGAAUAAAUUAAAAUAUUUUAGAAGACAUUUUUAAUCUUUUCAUCUAAUUUAUUAUUCUCUAACUCUAUUUUAAAUCUUGCGUGCUAAUUAUUAAUAAAUCUUAUUUAUAAACUCCUUUCAAACCAUAUUAAACCAUAUUAAUCUGCAAAGCUUAAUAAACUCGACAAUUAAUGUAGUAAUAUUGGUUGUAUAUCUUUAGGAUUAGGAAUAAUUAUGACCUAAUCAAAAUAAAUUUACCUAGAAUUAGCAGCUCUUUUUUUGCUAGCAAUUAUUAACUUUUUUGGCUUAACCUUAAUCUUUUUAAGGGUUUUUGAACAAAAAAUAGACAAAUUAAAACAAUUAUUUGAAUCUAUAUAUCCCUUUUUAUUAAGAUCUCAAUUCUUCAAAAAGCAUUUUAUGCAUAAAAUUCAUUUUAUUCCAAGAAAAAAAAUAACAGAUCUAUGGGGUUUUUUGAGAAAAUUACUAACUAAAUAAAAACUAAAGUAUACCAAACUUUAAAGAAAAGAAGAAUUCUAUUUGAUUAAAAUGAAAAGAUAUUAUAACCAUUCUCAAAAUAUGCUCACUCAAGUCACCUUAGAAAAGCACAAAAUAUAAAAAAUUUUAAAAAAGAAUCUUGAAAAAAUUUAAGCUAGAACUUCAACAUCUAAUUUAGAAAUAAGCCAAGUAAAUUAUCUAAAUGCAUCUAUUGAAUUUGCUCAAAAUAGGAGUUUUGAUGUGCUAGAAGAGCUUGAUUAAUAAGAAAAAAAAUCAAAACUCUAAUGA